AUGCCCGACCUCGAUCUGGGAGCGCUCCAGGCGCAGCUGGAGCUCAACCGCUCCGUGCUCGCCGACAGCAUCAUGUCCAAGUUUUCGUCCCUUGGCGCCUCGUCGUCGUCGUCGUCAUCGCCGUCCAAGAACGGCGCCAGCGCAACUGCCCAGCCGCCUCGCUCCGCCACGCUCGGCGUAGGCGCGACCCCGAAAGGCAAGCAGGCGACAUUGGCUGCCAACGGCAAGCCCUCGUCCAUUGAGGACGUCAAGCUAAAGGGUCGUCUGCUGGCCAAGCGCAAGCGGCAUGAUGAGCCGGCACAGGGCGACGAGGAAUCGGAGGGGGACGAGGAGGAGGGCAGGGCCGCACUCGUAGGCUCCUCGUCCAAGCGCAAGAGCGGCAAGGCGGCUGCAGCGGCGACCGGAUCCAACUCGGCAGCCGACGGCUCAAACGCACCAUCAUCCAGCAAGAGCAGCAACAAGAAGAACAGCAAGGACCCCUUUGCCGUCAAGGGCGCAGCUUUCCAGAAGCAACAGCAGCAGCAGCAGGCAGCCAGUAAGAUUAUCGUCGAUGGCAAAGAGGUGGACCUGAGCUCGCUGAGCAAGGCGCAGCGCAAAAAGCUCAACAAGAGGCGCAGGCUCGAGGAAGAGGCGGCCAAAAGGGCAGCGCAACACGAGGACGGCGAAGAGACCAAAGCCGCGGCGGCGAGCAGCACGCUCACGCCGCUGCAGUCGCAGAUGCUCAACCGUCUGACGGGCUCGCGCUUCCGCACCAUCAACGAGCAGCUCUACACGACCGACUCGGCGUCGGCGCUGAGCUCCUUUACCGCCGACCCGUCCAUCUUUGACGACUACCACAAGGGCUUCCGGUCUCAGGUCAAGUCGUGGCCCAAGAAUCCGCUCGACAUCCUGUGCUCGUCGCUGCUGGCGGCCAAGAAGCCCAAGGCCGGGACGAAGCCGGCCAAGUCGCAGCACACGGGCCAGGUCAAGGCGCGGUACGGCGCGUGUCCGCUCGUGAUUGACCUGGGAGCGGGCGAGGGGAUGCUGGCACGCAAGCUGGUCAAGGAUGGCCACUUCAAGGUGCUGUCGUUUGACCUGGUCAAUACGGCCGACGGGUGGGUGCGCAAGGCCGACACUGCGACGAUCGGCGCGCUGCCGCUGCCGGGCUUCUACGAUGCGUCGGACCCGCUAUCGCUGCGCGGUGCGGCGCCGCCGGGAUCGGCGCAGGGCCAGGCCGACAUCGCCAUCUUCUGCCUGUCGCUGAUGGGCACCAACUGGCUGAGCAUGAUCCUCGAGGCCAGCCGGUGCCUGCGAGUUGGGGCCGAACUGCUGGUGGCCGAGGUGAGCAGCCGGUUUGUGUCGGUCGAGGGUUUUGUGUCGCUGGUGGAAAAGGUGGGCUUCAAGCUCGAGGGGCGCGACGACACCAACACCCACUUUGUCGUGUUUGAGUUUGUCAAGCUCGACCCGGCGUCGUCGGCGCGGCGGCGCGAGGCGGGCGACGACCACCUGACAGAGAGCCGGCUGGUCGAGCUCGGAUCGAGCCUGCUCAAGCCGUGCCUGUACAAGCGCAGGUAA